AUGCCUGCCUCGAUACAGGAACUCAACGAAACGAUUACUUACGAAACCUACGGCGCUCUUGUGGCCGUUCAAACAGGGGUGGUCGCUAAUAGUUCUAAGUUAGACGAGCUUGAUGAGAAGCUACAAUCCUACCGUUCGAGCCUGGACCAAGGUAUCCAGGAAGUCUACGCAACCACGAUCAGUCUACAUCUCAUCAUCACCGAGGGGAUCGUUACCCUACGAAAUGAGCGGUUAGAAGAUCGUGCUCUGCUUCUGCAGAUCAUCAAAAACCAGGAUAAGACGACCAGAGCCCCGGAGAUUGAGGAAAAGAAGAAGCUCGCUCAAAAGCCGAAGGGUGACAUCGGAGAUCGGAAGUUCCAAGCGUUGCGAGAACUCAAGAAGUUCUUCGCCGACAAGCACGAUGUCUUCCCUUCGUGGCAGGAUGCUCACCAAGAGAACCUGCUCCAAGACGAAGAUUUGCGCGAUUCCAAGGUAAGCAAAACGGCCGGAUGGCUUCAUGAGCAUGCGAGCUUCAAGAGUUGGGUAAGUGGAGGAGUUCCUCUCCUUUGGUUACGAGGCACCGAGGGGAUUGGAAAGUCAUUCCUAGCCUACUCGGCCGUCCAAGAGCUGCGUCUACGUCAAAACGAGCACGACUGCUUGGCCUACUUCUAUUUCAAGGAGGAGCAUCCAUACCAACAGUCAAUGCAAAACGCGUUCGCUUCGGCUGCACUACAGAUUGCCGGAUCAAAUAACAGAUACGCCGAACAGGUAGCGGCCAAGAUCAAGCAAGAGUCCAGUGAGUCCGCAGCAAUGUCAACCUGGGAGAGGUUCUUCCUCUCGGUGUUUCCAAGUGAUAACAAACUCGGUGGUCGCCUUUUCCUUGUCUUCGAUGGACUAGACGAGGCGCACGUGCAAGAAGGUGGAACCUUUACGCGGUUUCUGUCGGAUCUCAAGCGCCUAAACGCCAGUGUGUCAGUCUUUGCGACAAGCCGACCAGAAGACAAGCCCACACUGCAACUGCUCCAGCCUUCGAUCCUCAACGUCACUAAGCAUGAAAUAAAGCACGAUUUGAAGAUACUGGUGAAGGACCGUCUUCGCACACUGCCGCGCCUGCGCAAGUUCACCCAAACUACCAAAUCAGCAAUUCGUCGCGAAGUAGUCAAACACGCAGACAGUAUGCUCUACGUCGAGCAUAUGCUUAGGAGGUUCUCUUACAUAGGUCGAGAAAGAGCCGUUCUGCAAGCACUGGGGAAGAUGCCUCCAAACUUGCAUGGACUUUACGAACUUCUUUUGGACGAGUGCCGACAAAAUCGAUCCGAAGCGCAAUACCAGGCGAUGAAGAAGUUAUUCGCGUGGCUAGCGUUCUCGAAACGAUCGCUUAGCCUCGGCGAGGCAUCGAGCUUGGUUCAACUCGCACUGUCCGACGACAGCUUCGACAUCGAAGAGGAGAUCAUCGGACCUUCCUCUCGUAUCCUCGAACUUACCCGAUCACGGCAGCCAGAGGACGAUAUAAAGGACGAUGACAAAGAGGAUGACGAGAUCGAUGAGCCAAUAGACGAGGGCAUACCAGAGCUCGGGUACGGAGACUCCCCUCUCUGCUUCCAGGAUCGGUCACUGCGGGAAUACUUCAAGAGCGUGAGUGUCGAAGAUGACGGUGUAACGGAAUUUCGGACACCUGCCACCGCUGCGCACCUGACAAUUCUGAAGAUGUGCGUGGCUGUGAUGAUGAAAGCGGCCCGAGGAAUCGAAGAGCAAAGCUCCGGGCUCACAGUAUAUGCCAUCAGCUAUUGGUAUGAGCAUCUCAAGGAGCUGGACGCGGAUAACGCGACCCCAGAAGUUGUUCACGAUGUUGUAACACUCCUGCACUGCAUCACGGCCAAUUCAUACAACGUCGCCAAGUUAUUCGAACAGCUAGCGCGACAUACAGACAUAUAUCCCGAGCGCGCUGACGAAGUGCCUAUCGCUUGGCUCGAUACGCUUCUGAGUUGGACAGCCAGGUCAUCAAGCCUACUAGUACAAUUUUCGGAUAGUAAAGUCAAGAAAUGGACGACCGUGGUCCGUAAAGACAACGUUCUGCUUCGGCUUGCUCGCGGUCAUGUCCACAAUUGGUUGGACGCCAACGACGAUUAUUGGAUACCCGAGAGAUUCAGAUUCGUCAGGGCCGCGUUGUCCCUCGUAAGCCACUUCUCAUACGCAACGACUUCUCUAAUGCGCUGUAGUCAUUCCCUUUCGAAAUCAAUGAAUCCAAUGAACUUGGGCCACUUGAAUACAUGA